AUGCUGCGCUUUUCGUUUAGACGGCUCGUCUUGCUUCUGGCUAUUAUAGCCAGCAUGUUUCUCUCCAUGUCGCUCAUCCUCGGCUCCGACAUCGCUGUACCCCAGAGCAUCACCGACAUGGAUAAAAUUGGAGAGUCCAUGCAGAAGAACAAGGAGUCUAUUUAUAAGACACUCGACAAGGGAAAGCAAUCGCUCUACGAAACGGUCGAUAAAGGCAGACAAACUGUAGCGGAAACUACCGAUAAGGCCAGCCAAGCUAUCCACAAGAACAUUCUGAACCCGCUGCUCAACCCGAGCCACGCCCCUCCACGCAAGGACAAUGACAACUUCAAGGGCUCAUCCUGGAUGCCCAAUUUGCAGUGGCUGUCUGUUCCGUUUUCCAAAAAGGCUAGUCUGGACGACAGAAUCGUCUUGCCUCCUCUGCCUAAGCGCCAACCCGUCUACUGCUACUACGACUCGACCAAGGACAAGCCCAAGGAAGUCAAGGAUGCUGAAAGCGACUUGCUUCUGACCUGGCGCCGUGCUUGGUGGGCACAAGGUUUCAGGCCACAGAUUCUCGGCUAUGCAGAUGCAAUGAACAACCCUCUCUACGCAGAAAUGCAGAAGAAGACGACCCAGGACAGCAGCCUCAACGAUAACGUCAUGCGAUGGCUUGCUUGGGAUGCUCUAGGUGGUGGAAUCCUAGUUCAGCACACCCUGUUCCCCAUGGCCCAUGAUGACAACGUUCUCUCCUACCUCCGCCGCGGAGAGCUGAUUGGACUGCAGCGUUGGUCAUACCUUGACGACGGCAUCUAUACCGGCGACAAGCAGACCCUGACAAAGGCACUCCGUGGCCUCCUGCAUAAUAGCAAGACGGCCUCGCUUACUCACUUUAAAACCGGGGAACCUGUCCACACGGUAUAUGAAGCCCUCGACCCAAACUUGUUUAAACUCGAUGAGGAUGGCUCCCCCUUUGCAUACUACAGCAACAGCACUAUUCACAAAAAAUAUGAGAAGUUGGUGAAGAACGGUGAAGUUGACAUUGGUGCGCUUAACGGGCUUGUAAAUGCUCAUCUUCAGAGCACAUGGCAACAGCGAUUUUCCGGCGGCAUCGAGGUUAUGCAUACUCAUGCACAGCACAUGGGCGAACUACUUGGCAAAGGUGACAAGUUAGCAGAGUCAUUGCGAACCUGUCAAGAAAGCCCCCUGCCGGAUAGUUGCCCUCCAAACAACGCCAAAUGCACGCCCUGCUCCGCAUCCACCUCGAUGAAAGUCAAGGCCACCGAGAGCUUUCACAAUAAAACCAAUGUCUACACCAUUGGUAUUGUGCCACACCCAUGGACCUAUGCCGUCCUCAAGAAUAUGCGAGAGGAUCUGGAUACUGCAUUUAUCAAGGCUGAAAUCCCUCCAAACGACUGGGUUGAGACCAUUACUAAAGACGUUCUUGCUAAGGCUAAUGUCGAUAAGCGUGUUCUCAGCUACAAGCAGAUUGUGGCUGGAGAAGGAGCCUUGGCUUCUUCGUUAUGGCUAUCAUCAGAACGCCAGUUUCCUGAUGAUUUGGAAUGGCACUUUGGGUUUAGCAUCCCUAAGCCAGAGUCCAAAGACACGGACGAUGAUGAAGCGGUCAAAAGCUCAAAGGAGGAAAGCGCAAAGGAACUUGUGCUCAUCAGCCACGCCCACCAGGUGAUUGCCUUGGAUAAGUCUACUGACAAGACCAAGUUACGGGCGGAGCUCGAGGAGUGGAGCAUGGCUGAUACCGAGGCUUGGAGAUUCACGAGAGCCAUGCAAGCACGAAGACAGCUGGAGCGCAACAAUUUUGAAAAGGAGGAAGCCAAGUAUGCCCAGGGCGCGGGAUCCGAGAAGGGGCGCAGCCGCUGGAGCAAGUGGAAUGACCAAAAAGAAGACACAAAACGUGCUGUAAUGUAA